AUGGCAUCCGAACAAAAGACCAGCCAAACCGCCGCCGCGACCCCCGACAUCUCCAACUACACCACCUCCCCAACGACCACGCACCACCACCACCACCAAACCUCCUCCCCGCCGGCAAUCAUCGAGUCCACAACAAACAGCUGGAAACCCUCCUUUGAGCGCCGCCAGAGCUGGAACCAGGAGGAUCAGAAGCGCGCGCUGCAGAUGAGCCACAUUGAGGACGUCAAGACUGGUCCCGGCUUCACCGAGCGUGGAUAA